UGAAUAAUGAUGAAAGCAAUUUUAUAGACGAAAAGUUUUAAAACUAUACUAUUAUUCAGAAAUAUUUAACGAUCAAGUACAUUUUAUGUGAUAGAAAAUGAGUCGCGAAAAGUUGUUUGAUAAAGCAGCCCAACAUUUACAAUCACUGGCAUCAGAAUUAAAUCCCACAGAACUCUUGAAAUUUUAUGCUUUGUAUAAGCAAGCUACAGUCGGACCUUGUAAUAUCUCAAAACCUAAUUGGUAUCAGGUAGAAGCUAGACAAAAAUGGGAAGCAUGGAAGAAUCUGAAUGACAUGAGUCAAGAUGUUGCUAUGAAUAAAUAUGUACAAGAAUUAAGCAAGUUAGACCCUAAUUGGGAAGAAGAUACAAAAUCUGAGUCAAAUAGUUGGGUUGCUGUUAGUCGUUUAAUAAAUACAGAGGAAGAAAUUAAUGAUAUAGAUAAAACGUUUUUGGAUUGGGUGAAAGAGGGACACGAAGAGAAAGUACAAGAACUGUUAGAUAAGGAACCAAGGCUUGUAAAUGCAAUGGACACGGAAGGUCUGUUACCGAUACAUUGGGCUGCGGAUCGGGGUUACGUUAGGAUUAUAGAGCAAUUAGUUAAAAAAGGGGCAGAUGUAAAUUGUCAAGAUGAAGAUGGGCAAUCGCCUCUGCAUUAUGCAGCAUCCUGUGGACAUAUUGAUGUUGUAAAAUAUUUACUUUCGGUUGGUGCUCAACCUAUGAAAGAUAAUAGUGGUAUGACGCCCAAAGACAUUGCUGAUGAACAGUUGAAACACAUAUUUAAAUAUUAGUACAUGUAAUCAUUCAAUAUUGUAUUUCUAUUGUACUAGUUAAAUUUAUUAAUAAAUUGAAUCAAUGAUUUUCUAAUGGAAAUCAUGAUACUUUAUACAAGAA